AAGAAAUUUUAUACGAAUAUCAGUGUAAAACGAGUUACGCCUCAGUUUCCAUCAUGUUAAGGUUCGAAACUAGAGCAGUGCAUGGUGGCCAAGUUCAAAGAAAAUUAGAAAAUAAACCCAAUCUUCUACCAAUUACAUUGGAUACUUUUGAAGAUGAGGCAAGUGUGGCAGAAAAUAGCAAUAAACAAGCUUUGGAAGAGCACAUCGCUUCGCUAGAAUGUGCCAAAUAUGCGUUAUGUUUUCCAUCUGGAUUGGGAGCUGUCACCUCGAUAAUUCAAUUGUUAAACGAAGGAGAUCAUGCAAUAAUCUUCGAUUCAGUUUAUCACGGUACAAGAACUUAUUUGAAAAUAUGUGAAGAUACUGGAAGAGUGAAAGUCACGUUUGCUGAUUUACGUGAUCUCAAAAAUCUGGAAAAAAACUUGAAGGAAAACACUAAAUUGGUGUGGAUUGAGACGCCAUGUAAUCCUACGAUGAAAAUCCUUGAUAUUAAAGGCAUCGCAGACUAUCUAAAACCUCGCAAAGAUGUAUUGUUAGUUGUGGAUAACACAUUUAUGUCAGCGUAUUUCCAAAAUCCUGUAGUGCUUGGUGCAGACAUUGCUAUGCAUUCACUGACAAAAUACAUGAAUGGUUACUCCGACGUAAUUAUGGGUGCUAUGGCGACAAACAGUGAAACAAUUUACAAAAAGCUGAAGGAGAACCAGAAAUCUAUAGGUAAUUUACCCUCGCCUAUGGAUUGCUUCUUAGUUCUUAGAGGGCUAAAAACUCUACAUCUGAGGAUGGAAAAGCACGCUGAAAAUGCUUUGCAAAUUGCAGAAUUUCUAGAACGUCAUCCCAAAGUGGAAAAGGUUUUCUAUCCCGGUCUCGCAAGUCAUCCUCAGCUUGAAUUAUCCAAAAAGCAAAGCAAGGGAUUUGGGGGCAUGGUUUCUUUUUGUAUCAAAGGUGGCACAUCUGAAGCCAUGUCUUUUGUUCAGGCGCUUAAAGUGUUCACGCUAGCUGUCAGUCUAGGUUCGGCCGAAAGUUUAGUGGAAAUACCGUCGUUGAUGACAGCCAGUCCUUUGAGUAAAGAGUUACGGAAAGAACUGGACAUCACAGAUAACUUGAUCCGUAUGUCUGUUGGUUUGGAAUCUGCAAAAGACUUGAUAGAAGACCUCGAGCAAGCUUUAGAUGCGGUUUAAAAGAAAAAUGUUCAUUGUUUCCUCUUUUUAUUUGAAGACGGUUUCUGAAUCAACAUCGUGUGUUACAAUAAAGUUAUUAAUUACUUGAGAAAAA